AUGAUUGUCUCUAAUCCUGAUUUCUUUUCCCCGUUUACAACGGAUACUCUUUUGGAGAUUCGUACAUCUGGCAAGCAAAAGAUGCCACACUUGAACGUCAUGACCGGCAUUGACAAGAAGAUCUGCCGUGAGCCAAUGAAAGUGAGCAAGCUAGGUUUGGAGGGUGACUGGCACGACCUAACCUUUCAUGGUGGCCCUGAUAAAGCCAUAUUGGGCUAUUGUUCCGCCCAUUACGCCGAUUGGAAAGCGACACACCCGAGUAGUGCUGGCAAAUUUGUUCCUGGAGGUUUCGGCGAAAACUUUGUCACGGCGCAUAUGAAUGAACGCAAUGUGUGCAUUGGAGAUAUAAUUUCUGUAGGCAAGGAAGUUGUUCUUCAGGUCUCUCUGCCGAGGCAGCCAUGCUACAAGCUGAACCACCGCUUCGCAAUCAAGGACUUCGCUCCCACCACAUAUAACAGCAGCCGAACAGGAUGGUAUUAUCGAGUUCUAAAAGAAGGCACAGUUGAAAUGGGUGAUGAAUUGAAGCUUGUGGAGCGCGGCUGGCCGGACUGGACAAUUGAGCGCGUGCAACAAUAUCUGCACAGGGAGAAGGAUAACCUUGAGAUGAAUGAGAAGCUCGCUGGCAUUGAUGCGCUUGGUGAAGAGAGCCGGGGUAUGUUCCGAGGGAGAGUUGCCAAAGCCAAAAAGAAGGCGGCGCCAAAGGUCGAGCCGACUUGGCGAGACUUCAAAGUUACGGAGAGGAAGAUGGAGACGCCUCGCAUCGUUUCGUUAACACUGGAGACGACAGAUUUGAACACGUCACUAGAUAAAGAGCUGCUUGGAGCACAUGCUCGUCUCAAACUUCCAAAUGGCCUUCUCAGGACGUACUCCAUUGCAGGUGGAGAUGAAGCUGGUGUUGGCAUGGGCAACAAAUUUCAACUUGGUAUUGCUCUUGAUGAGAACAGUCGCGGAGGCUCACAGUACAUCCAUGACAAGGUCAAGGUUGGGGACAUACUGCCGGUGAGCAACAUCAGCACUGACUUUAAUCCUAAAUUCUCCGCCAGCAAUCAUCUUUUUAUAGUUGGUGGCAUCGGUAUCACAGCAUUCCUUCCCAUGAUGGAAGCCAUGGCGGGGAUCAAUUGGAGCGUCCAGCUUCACUAUGCAGUACGCUCCGCUGACGAUAUUCCCUUCAAAAGCCGAGUCCAUUCUUUCGAUGAGACUGUUAUCUACGACAAAUCGAAGGGUGAGCGUAUGGAUAUUGCGAAGGUCAUUGAGACUCGCCCUUGGGGAAGCCACGUCUACGUUUGUGGUCCAACUAGACUCAUGAAGGCUGCAAAAGCUGCGGUUACCGCAGCUGGUUUAGCGGAGGAUGAAGUCCACUACGAAGCAUUUUCUGCGGACAAUACAGGAGAUCCGUUCGAGGUUGAGAUUGCAAACAAGGGUGGUCGUGUACUAAAGGUUGAUGGUGACGAGAGCCUGUUAGAAGCUCUGCGGCGAGAGGUCGAAGACCUCGCUUCCAGCUGCGAAGUGGGCAAUUGCGGCACUUGCAAAGUCACUCUAAAGAGUGGAAGGGUUGAGCAUAGAGGCACGGCUUUGUGCUCUGCUGAUCAGAACGAUGGAAUGUUGGCUUGUGUCAGUCGCGGUAUUGGUAAGAUUGUUAUAGAGGUAUGA